AUGCCUGCUAUCCCACCAACAAUGGAUACCACAUCAGCAACCACGUUAGACGUUACAACAUCACUCCUAAAGCGUGGCUCUCUCAGCGAUCCCUCCAAGUACCCCCUCUGGGUGUUCCUCAUUAUCAUCGGCUGCAUCGUGGGUGGUCUCAUCGGCUUCAGCGUGUGGACUAUGUACCACGGACUAGAUGAUACCAAUGCAUUCAAAGAUGUACCCUUUGAGCAAAAGAAAUACAUGCGCGAGUCCCGACAGCGUAAUUUGAAUGCUUUGGCUGUUGAGGCUAGGAGGCCUGAAAUGAUUAUUCCGAUUGAUCAGAUGAAUUGGUAA